GUCCGAUACAAAGGACUACUACCAAUCAAAUUUCUUUUUCUGCUAUGCCUUGCGAGGCGUGCAGCUGGACGCCUGAACGUCAAUAUCGUUGCCGUUACCAUAGCUACAUCAAGCUUUUCUAUGGAGUCAGUAAUCGAGGGGUGUAGUCUCCGGGUUCCCGGUUUGUCCUCAAAGAACGAUCCAGUAACCCACCGAAUUUCGAAGCCAGCAAUAUCCGAUUCCUAAACGAAAAGACUCGAUUCUAGUUCCCACUAUCGUUGAGGAUUGGAACGAAGAUAAUAAUCGCUAUUUCAUGCUCACAAAGCGCAUCCAUGGCGAAUCUCUCGAUGCUGCGUUGCCAACUUUGUCCACAGUCGAUAAAGAACGCAUCGCGAAGCAAACGGCCGAAUGCCUU